AUGGAUGACUUCUACGAGAAGUACACAGGUUUGCGUUAUGCUGCUGAGUCCGUUCCAACAGAAGAUCGAUUGAAAAAUUUUUUCAAAGAGGUUACCUUUGGUUUCAGACUGUUUCGCAUAAUUUUUUUCAGAAUGAAGUCGCGAUGAACGAUAAAAUAAAGCAAGAAGUCCAAAAGCAAAGGUCUGAAAUUGAAGAGCACGAAAAGAAGAUCAGAGCGAGGGUUCAAGAAUAUGAAGAGAGAAUGAUGGGUAUGAAGAAGAGGUUAGGAUUUGUAAAACUGAAAACAAUGUCAUGAAAAACGUAUACCUUUUUACGUAUUUAUUUCAGUACUCAACAGCUUAACAACGAGAUGAAGAAGAUUGAGCAAGAAUAUGUCAAUUUGAAUCUAAUCAGUAGUGGUAAGUUGAGACUCGGGAAAUUUUCGAUUAAAAGUUUUUUGAGGCCUCUCUGCGACGGAAGAAAUUGAAAGAAGCCAGUCUGAAGUCGCGGAUCUUGUAGAGGAGGCGUAUUCGGCCAAUAGAAAUAUGCAGGAAUUGUCGAGCACUUCAAUGGACCAAAUUGAAAGGAAAAUAUCUUGUGAAUAGUUACAUAGUUAUUCCAAAAUAACUCUUCGGAAUUUAAGUGUUGGAAGCCGCCAAGAGACAAGUCGAAGAUGUUGGCAAGAAGUUUGAAAGUGCAGAAGACGACAUUUCGGUAUACUUAAAACAGAAAAUUUGAGAAAAUGGCCGAUUUCCAGAGUUUUCGGGUAGCCGUUGAGAGUGCGAACGAAAUCAAAAGUUUUAUUGCGUUGAAGAAAAAAGAGAAGGCUGAACUUUUGGAAGAAUUGAAGAGUCAUGCAGCGAAGAUCGGUUAGAUUUCAACUUUGAAAAAUCAUACUUUUCGGAUUUCAGAAAGUUUGAGAAACGAAAAUGAGCAAACCUCGAUUUGCGUUGAGAAUGGGAAUACUGAGCUCCAAAAGGUAACAAUUUUUAUAAAAUCAGAGAAGAUUAUUGUUUUCACAGCAUCAUGACCAAAGUGCUGAAUUCCGGGCUAAGCUGUCGUCUAUUCAAUGCGAGAGAUCAGAGCCGGUCGUUGAGAAUCCAGAUAUUGGAAGAUUGGGAGCUUCCCUGAAACAGAACACGGCGGAAAUUGUUUGAAACACGCGUCAAAACUGUUUAUCGCAGUGUUUAGGAGAAAUUGUCGGCGGCGCUCGUUCGAAAUGAAGCUUUGGUACUGGAAGUUCGGUCUAAUAACGAGGAAACGUUGCGGAAAGGAACGGAAGAAGUUUCCCUCCUGAAUGAAAAACUUCGGGAAAUUACUGCUCUGAAAGAGGUCUUCAACUUAAAUCUUCUGGAAUUGAAAAAAAAAAUUUAAUUUUUAAGAUUUCUUUUGUAUUUCAUCAAAAAUUUUUUUCCAUCAUUUUUUUCCCUUGACAAAAAAAUUUUUGCAUUCGAUUUCUGUAGUUUCACUUCGUUUAGAAACAAGUCUUUUUCUUUCUGACCACUCAUUUAAAUUAAGAAAAACUGUCAUUUGGAAAUUAAAUUGUUGAGUCAACCCAAAAAAAUUAUAGCUUUUCUUUUAUAAUUUAUUUUGAUUAAUUAACAAAAAUAAUUAAUCCAGUUUUCAGGAAAGUCCGUGAAAAAAAAUCAAAGAAAAUCUGCUCUCCGUGCUAGCCAAGAAGAAGGUUUUUCAUCAAAGAAAAGGUUUUUUUUUCAAACUUAUUGACAUUUUGAACUAAAUUUAGCGCGCUCAAUUAUCCGAGCGAGCCAAGAAAAAGGAGGAAUUUUUGAUGAUAAAUAACGAGGUUUGUUUUUCUUUUUUGGAAUUUUUUGGUAAUUGAUGCUCUUUCAGAUCUUGGCGCAGCAGUUGGAGUUGAGAAAGAAAAGAAGAAGAGUUGAUUGAAGUUGACGCCAGUGGUUUUAAAGAGGUUUCUAGGAAAAUUUAUAGAAUUUUUUCGAUUAUUUUGACAGUGUUCGUAUCUGGAAGCCGAACAAGACGAAUUGAAGCUGAAAUUGGCGGGUCUCGAAAAAAUGGAGAAGAAAAAUGAGGUGAAAAAAGUGGACUUAUAAGCGAAUGUGUUUAUUUCUGUAGGAUAAAGAGAAAAAACUGCUAUCCGCCAAUAUUGAGCUCCAACAUGAGAUUGAAAAGUUGCUGGAAUCGCUCGCUGUUUUCAGAAAGCAGGUCUGAAUUUCCAAAAAUUCUUAAAACAUCCGUAUUUUUCAGGCUGAAUCUGAAAAAAGUUUGGGCAUUGCUACGGGUUUCCUGAAAGAUUGUAUGGAUGAUGUGAACUCGGUUUAUAUUUUUUCCCCCUUUUUUUGUGAUUUUAUGAUUUCCAGCGUGCGUUGGCUCUCCAACGCCUCUCCACGCGCAAGUCGGUCGACGUCUUUGGUUUCAUUCUUUAUUUUCGAUCUUUUGCUGAAAUCCGGACUUUCAGAGCCCAAGGUGACGCCGACCACUCUGGCUUUGGGUUCCGGAGAAAGUAUUGUUCAUUUCUAUCCGGAUCACACCAGCACUCCCCUCCCUGCCACUGAUAGGUUCACUUCUCACGCUUGGGAAAAUUUAUAGAAUGAGAAAAAAAUGAUGUAAUAAGUUCCAAAAAGACAUUUACGCUCUCCAGAAUUCAGAAAGGAAAGGGAAUUAUUCAAAAAAAUUUUUUUCUUCACGGCUUAUUUUUUUACUUAUUUUAAAAGUCAAAAAAAUGGAGGUGCAUAAAACUGAAAUUUUUCAAAAAUUUCGACUCAAGAAAUUUUUUUGAAAGAAAGUUUUUUUCAUGGAUAUGUGGAUAUUCAUGUUAGACGUCUAAAUUCGUUUUUUUUUUAGCACUUUUUCCUUAACUUUUUUUAUUCAAUUUUUUUCAGUAAUUUUUACUAAAUCUUUUGUUUUUAUCAACCCUAAAAUAUUUAUUCAUUUCAAUAGUUUGACCAAAUAAAAAAAUAAAAUUCUGAGUUUUUUUUAAUUACUUGUAAUUUUUUUCUUUUUUCAUGUUUAUCUUAACGUAAUCAUGAAAAAGCUUUUUAAAGAAAUUCCAUAGGAAUUUUGAAAAUUUAAAUUCUAAAAAAACUAGACAUUUUGGCUAUGGAAAACAGAGAGUUUUUGGACGAAUUCAUAGUUUUGUUAAUUCAAAAUUUCUAAAGUUAAAAACUUUUUGAUAACUUUUUUUUAAGGCAGAGUAAGAAUUUUUUUUUUACAUAAAAAGGAAGAUGAAAUUUAAUUCUGAACUUUAGUGAUCCCUAGGUUUAAACUUGAAAAUUGCUUGCUGUAGGAAAAAUGAAGGACCUAUCACGGUCUAAUUUUCAGUUACUUGGCCAGUUUUCAAGAUUUGAAUUCAAGUUAGAUCAAAAACAUCAAUUUUUUAGAGGAGAUUCUUCGGUGAGAGGCGCCAGAGGAGGCCGAAAGCCACGAGGCCGCGGAAGAGGAAAAGGAAAGAAGUUCUAA